ACAACUUCGUCCUUUCUCUCUCUCUAAAUGUGCGAGUACAGUUCGAUUUUAUGCAGCCAUUGAAUUGCUUUCUGGUGAAAUUGAAAUGGGGCCUAGGAAGCGAAACAUUACUCCUCGCACCGCCGCCGCUGUAGACGGAGGCGCAAAAACUGAGUCCCCGAACUUAGGAAGUAGCGACAAUGCAUCGCUUUCAUCCUUUGCUUCAAUCAAAGUCGAGUACGAGAGAGCACUCUCUGCUCUUCGCCGAGGGAACCACGCGAAAGCCCUAAAGUGGAUGAACAAAUUGUGCUCAGAACACGAGAAUUUGGCCUUGAUUCACCAUGUCAUGGGGAAUGUUUGUGCGGUUGCCUCGUAUUUCACUGACUCGAAUGCCAAACAGGGUCAUUUGAAGAAAGCAAUAGAGAGUGCAAGGAAGUCGGUCACAUUGUCCCCGAAUUCUAUUGAGUUUUCUCAAUUCUAUGCGAAUUUGUUGUUAGAGACAGCAAACGAGAGGAAGGACUAUGAGGAGGUGGUGCAGGAGUGCGAGAGGGCUUUGGCAAUUGAAAACCCCACGGACCCAGCCAAUGAGACCCUACAGGAGGAGAGGUAUCUGAACAUUUCCUCAGCUGAAGCUCGAGUUGCUCAUGUCCAAAACGAGUUAAGGUGUUUGAUUGAGAAGUCUAACAUGUCAUCCGUUUCGACCAGGAUGAAGAAUCUGGGCAGCGAAGAGAAGUUUGGGUUUAUUCCAAUGGAAUUGAAAUCGGUAAUGGGGAGAAGGACAAAUGAGAUUAAGAAGGCAACUAAGACUCAUGAUGAACGUAGGCAGGAGAUUGAGGUGAGGGUGGCUGCUGCUCGGCUUCUGCAGCAUAAGUCCGGGUCUCCUCAAUGUAAUAAUAGUGAUAGUAAUGAGGGGUUGAAUUCUACUUCAAGGAUGGAGCAGAGAGAGGGAGGAAGAAGCAAAAGUGGGAAUGCCAGGAGAUAUAAUUCUUUGGUUGAGAUAAGGGACAGAGUUCGUUCUUUUUGGAACUCAAUGGAUUUGGUUCAGAAGAAAGAGUUGCUUAGAGUUAGAAUUUCAGAUCUCAAGAAACAUUGUACGUUAAAGGAAGGGUUGCUUGAUGAAGCUUUAUCUUUUGGGAAAGAAAAUAAGGCUUGGAAAUUUUGGCUGUGCUAUCACUGCAAUAAAAAAAUUGUGGAUGCAGAUAAACACAGACAGCAUGUCAUUAAGGAACAUAUGGGAACUUUAUUACAUGAAUAUUGGUUGAUUAUACCCAAGAGAGUGAAGGGUGAGUGGGCUGAGAUGCUUCUUAAUUGUUCAUGGAAACCAUUGGAUUUAGACGCUUCAAUCAAGAUGCUUAAUGAACUUUCAAAAUUUGAGGCACCUAAUUUCCUUGAUGAAUCGAACCCAAGAAACCACAAAGAUGAUUCAUCACCUCGAAAAACGAAAUUGGAUGAUGAAGGCCCUAAGAAAAGUUUCCUUGAUAAAAACUGGCCUUCAACUGAUGAUUCAAAAUGUGCGGAACUUCUGGAAAGCAUCCAUGCCAAAUUCCAGCUACUAAUCCAACACAACCAUCUAGCCUUAAGUCAUCAAAGCCAUGUUAUACAGUAUGCAGUUGAGGCGCUGCGGCGUCUUCCUGAUUGUUCUCAACUCAUUAACUUCAAUAUGGACCAAACAUCUCUAUGUAUCUGCUUUCUGGGUGCUCCUUAUCUUGAGAAAAUCUUGAAUUUUUUGCAGAUAAUUGAGCAGGAAAUUUUAGAGUGUGAAAAAUGGAAUUUCAUGGGUUCAGUCAGUGGUACUCAGAUUGUUGCAGCUAUGGAGAAGAUAACUUCUAAUCUAGAUGACUUACAUUUGGAGGUUGAUGAGUGUUUCCUUCACUGCAAGCUCAAUACUUCAUUGUGUGAUGAUUCUUCUAGUUCAGCAACUUCAUCGCACGUCUGCUAUGAGAGCAGCGAUAUUAUGCUUGGUUCAGAUGUACUGCUAUCCUGGAUAUUUACACGACCCUCUAUGGAAGAACUAUUGGUAUCCUGGGCAUGUGCAAAGGAAGAGAAAGAACAAAUAGGUAAGAAGAUUCUUCAGUUAUAUGAGAAGAAAUUCUACGACCUACAGAGCUUUUGUGGGAGAAAAUCUGACCAAUUAAAUUACGAUAAGGCAUUGCAUGCUGUGGACAAUCUCUGUCGUGACGAGUUCUUUAAAAGAGAACGUGUAGUAGAUUCUGUCCCUCAAAGUUAUGGCUCUGUCCUGAGGAAGAGGCGAGAAGAGCUCAUUGGAAGUGACAAUGGAUAUACUGUUAUUGCUGAUGUAAUCAACAAUAGGUUUGAGCUGCAUGCUAUAGCGAAUGUUCUAAAGGAUGCAGAAUCUGGUGAUCAUGAUGAUUGGAGAACAAGAGACGAUUUGCAUCAGGUGGACUCCUCCAUAAAAAGUGCAAUAUUCAGACAGAAAGACAUUGUGACUUUAGAGCUCCAUAAAGUUGAUGCAAGGAUCCUGCACGUAAUUAAUUUGAUGCACCAGUUGGAAGUUAAGCUUGAUGCUGCAUCUACUCAUGAUUUCAGAUCAAUCUUGGUGCCUCUAGUGAAAUCAUAUUUACAGGCACAUUUGGAGGAUCUGGUAGAGAAAGAAGAGGCCACAAAGAAAUCUGAUGCUGCCAGAGAAGCACUUUUGGCAGAACUUGCUGUUGAAUCUGAACGGGGUUUUGGUGGAGAAGGGGAUAAUUCAAGACAUAUGCAAGAGAGGAUAAAGGAUAAGAAAAAGAGAAAGGAGAACAGGAAAAACAAGGAUUUGAAGGGCACUGGUAGUAAGGGGCGGCUCAUGAUUCAUGAUCUGACAUCUGAAGAGAUAUCUGGGACUUGUGUUGCUAUAAGACAACAGGAAGAGGAAUAUGAAAGACAAAUUGAAAAUGCUGAAAAACAGAAGCAUCUUGCAGAGCCACCUAUGUCUUCAGAAAAGGAAAAUGAUGAAGUUGGUCAUCUGGGACCUAACCACACACCUGAUGGUGACCAAGCACUGCCACGAAAGAAGUGUCCAGAUAUAGAUGAGUUCGAAUUUUCAUCAAAGAAAGUCAUGGCUGAUAGUGUUAAUGUAAUGGAUAUGUGUGGCCCUGGUCUGAAAAAUGAAGUUGGUGAAUAUAAUUGCUUUCUCAACGUCAUAAUACAGUCCUUGUGGCACUUAAAAAGGUUUCGAGAUGAAUAUUUGAGAUUAUCACCGGGACAUGUUCAUGUUGGUGAUCCUUGUGUUACAUGUGCUUUACAUGAUAUUUUCAUUUCCCUGAGCAAGCCACCUACAGAUACUCGAAGAGAAGCUGUUGCUCCUACAUCUUUGAGGGUUGCUUUGAGCAACCUGCAUCCUGAUAGUAAAUUCUUCCAGGAGGGACAGAUGAAUGAUGCUUCUGAAGUUCUGUGGGCAAUAUUUAAUUGCCUUCAUCAAUCAUUCCCUUGCGAACCUGCUGUAAGGGUGGGCGACUUGGAUUGCAAUGGUUUACCCUGUAUUGCACAUUCUCUUUUUGGAAUGGACAUACUUGAAAUAGUGAAAUGUGACAAUUGCGGUUUGGAGUCCAGACAUCAAAAUUAUAAAUCAUUUUUUCAUUAUAUCAAUGCCAGUGCUCUCAGAAGGAUGAAGGACAUGAGCCCAAAAAGCUCCUUUGAUGAGCUUUUAUACCAAGUUCAGACUAUCGACCAAUUAGCUUGUGAUCCAGAGGUUGGGGGCUGUCGAAAGCUCAACUACACUCACUAUGUUCUCUCAGCUCAACCCUAUGUUUUCACAGCUGUUCUGGGUUGGCAGAAUGCUUGUGAAUGUGUUGAUGACAUAACAGCAACAUUAGCAGCCUUUACCACUGAGAUUGAUAUCAGUGUACUUUAUCAUGGUCUUGACCAAAAAUGCACACAUCGCUUGGUUUUUGUGGUUUGCUUUUAUGGGCAGCACUAUGUUUCUUUUGCCUACAAGCACGAUCAUCAACAGUGGAUCAUGUAUGACGACGAAAUUGUAAAGGAAAUUGGAGGCUGGAAUGAUGUUCUUAAUAUGUGUGAAAGAGCACUCCUGCAACCACAAGUCCUCUUUUUUGAAGCUGUAAGCUAGUACAAAAAAACAGAUUUGAAUAUGUUUACUGUAGGUAUGCAGUUGAGGACGGGCAGUUUGAGCCCAAUGAAGAAUUUUGAUAUCUGGCUGUGCAGGUUGAUAUAAAGGCCUGAAUUGUACAUAGAGGAGUAAGGUUUGUAAAGUAGUUCGACCAAAGAUAGGGAAAACAGGAGCACCUACUGUUUAUGGAUACGAAAAUUGUAUACAAGAAACUCUUAUGGUUGACAUUCUUAUCUGAUUGUUUUCCGAGGAUAGUUGUGUAUAAAGCGAAAUUUGACUC